GAGGGAGGAGUUGCUCGGCUUUUGCUCGGUUUCCGUCGCGGCCGAGUCGCGCGUUCCCGAGCUAGUGCUUCUGGGCCCGCCGGCCGGGGAGGCGUCCGUGGCGGCGCGAACGCAGCCAAAGCCCCGAGCCAGGACACCAUGGCCGUGUUCCGCUCGGGCCUCCUGGUGCUCACCACGCCGCUGGGCUCGCUGGCCUCGCGUCUGGGGCCCAUCCUGACCUCGGCCUCCCAGCUGGUAAAUCACACCCUCUAUGUCCACCUGCAGCCGGGCCUGAGCCUCGAGGGCCCGGCGCAGCCCCGGUCCAGCCCCGUGCAGGCCACCUUUGAGGUCCUCGAUUUCCUCUCGCACCUGUACACCGGCGCCGACGUCCACCGGCACCUGGACGUGAGGAUCCUGCUGACCAACAUCCACACCAAGAGCACCCUCCUCCCACCCCUGCCCAGCGCCGUCCAGAAUCUGGCCCACCCGCCAGAAGUGGUGCUGACAGACUUCCAGACCCUCGACGGAAGCCAGUACAACCCGGUCAAGCAGCAGUUGGAACGUUACGCCACCAGCUGCUACAGCUGCUGUCCGCAGCUCACGUCCGUGCUGCUGUCCCCCGACUACGGCGCGGGGGAGCUGCCCACCCGGCCCCUGGAUGUCCUCCCUUCCACCAUCAGACCUGCCUCCCCUGUGGCCAGGUCACCCAAGCAGCCCGUGCGCGGCUACCACCGCGGGGCCGUGGGGGGCACCUUUGACCGUCUGCACAAUGCCCACAAGGUGUUGCUCAGUGUCGCCUGCGUCCUGGCCCAGGAGCAGCUUGUGGUGGGAGUAGCGGAUAAAGACCUGUUGAAGAGCAAGUUGCUCCCCGAGCUGCUCCAGCCCUACACUGAACGUGUGGACCACCUGAGUGAGUUCCUGGUGGACGUCAAACCCUCCUUGACUUUUGAUAUCACCCCCCUACUGGACCCCUAUGGGCCCGCGGGCUCUGACCCUGGCCUGGAGUUCCUGGUGGUCAGCGAGGAGACCCAUCGCGGGGGGAUGGCCGUCAACCGCUUCCGCCUCGAGAAUGGCCUGAAGGAACUUGCCUUGUACCAGAUCCAGCUGCUAAAGGACCCAAGCCACCAAGAAAAUGAAGAGGACAAAGUUAGCUCCUCCAGCCUCCGCCAGCGAAUGCUGGGAAACCUGCUCCGGCCUCCCAACGAGCGGCCAGACCUGCCCUCGCAGCUUUAUGUACUAGGGCUGACUGGCAUCAGCGGCUCCGGAAAGAGCACUGUCGCCAAACUCCUCAAGGGCCUGGGGGCCUUCAUCAUCGACAGCGACCAGCUCGGCCAUCGCGCCUACGCGCCUGGGGGCCCUGCCUACCAGCCAGUGGUGGAAGCCUUUGGAACAGAUAUCCUGCACAAGGAUGGCAUCAUCAAUAGGAAGGUCCUGGGCAGCCGGGUGUUUGGGAACAAGAAGCAGCUGAAGGUGCUCACGGACAUCAUGUGGCCGGUUAUUGCGAAGCUGACCCGAGAGGAGAUGGAGUUGGCCGUGGCGGAGGGCAAGCGUGUGUGCGUGAUUGAUGCCGCCGUGCUGCUGGAAGCCGGCUGGCAGAACAUGGUGCAUGAGGUGUGGACCGUGGUCAUCCCGGAGACUGAGGCUGUCCGGCGUAUCGUGGAACGGGAUGGCCUGAGUGAGGCUGCAGCCCAAAGCCGGCUGCAGAGCCAGAUGAGCGGGCAGCAGCUUGUGGACCAGAGUCACGUGGUGCUGAGCACGUUGUGGGAGCCACAGGUCAUCCAGCGCCAGGUGGAGAAGGCCUGGGACCUCCUGCAGAAGCGCAUACCCCAGGCUCAGGCCUAGAGGCCAGGGCAGACUGCUGACGGUGACCCAGUGGUGAGCAGAAACGAGGACCUUGAUGCUGGUCCUGGGUCGAGCCUGGGGACUCCAUGCUAAGCUGUGCAGGACGCAGCCAGCCUGGUGGUUCAGGCAGCCCACUCAGCAUGCUGGAAUUUGGCCAGCAGUGAGGAUGGGGCUCCUGAGGGAGGCCCUUCUUGCGGUUCCACGCCCAGUCUUGUCCACAGGUGUCUGACACCAGGGCUAAUGGGUCCAGAAAGAACACCAGAACUUGUAACAGAAUUAAACGUAAAUGUUUCUGAUUGUU